AUGACUUUUUCGGCAAUAUUCACAGAGAUGUUGAGAACUGCUGUGACAGUUGUAAUCCCGAAACGCAUGAGCCUCCACCGCCAUUGGAGACCGGAGAUGGCUGGCGCAGAAUUCAGCAGAGCGACUAAUCGAGAUAGAUCCUGGGGGGCGGUGGCCGGAAAACAUCAUAUGGUACAAGAAAUUACUGCUUGGAGAAAUAGUGCGUUCAAGAACAACUUCAGUGGCCAAUACCCAUUAUUUGACGAAGAUAUUGUCAUGAUGGACGGCAUAGUUAAGCUUGCUAGCAAGAGCUCUGCAUUGAAGAAAACAAUCGCACAGAGUGGCGUUAGCAGAGUGUAUGAUCUUCAGAACAUAUAUCGAGAUAUUGCUGCAGUUGAUAGUAUGGGGUUUGAGAGGGAGCUUGCCGAAUCCGAGUACACCUCUGCGACGUUCAUUCAUAAGAUCCGACCUGGCGGAGAACUACUGCUGACGCGGACUCAACUAGCAGACUUCAAGAGGUUCUUAGCCAUCAUGAUAGUUCAAGACGUAUGGUUCGAGAAUCUCAAAUGGAUCAUCAAGACCCCUCACGACGAAAUCAUUAAGGAGAGCUCAGCUAUCGAUCCGAAAGGCUGUGGAACUACGUGUGUGUUUGGCAAGUGGAAGAAGACUCUAACUGACAAGUGCUUUGGUGCGUUCGAAGAUGAGAAUGCUAUUCACUUCCACAACUUCCAUGUUGUGUCUCCGAAAUAUAUGGUCAUCCUUGUGAACUGUCUUUACAUGUGGGACCUUAUGAAGACCGUGGGUCUCCGGAAGCCGUGGUCUGGAGGCGAGCUCCAUGCCAAUCCAGUUGUCAUCUAUACGAAAAAGCCUAUGAGAGGCGCGGAAGACUUUACUCCAACAGACGUGUUCAAAUACAAAAGGAUUGUCGUCCCAAAAGAGAAGGUAUAUCUCGGCGGCAGUUUCAUUUUGGGUGGAGGUACAUAA